CAGUGCUCUUAACCACAGAGCCAUCUCUCCAGCCCCAGGGAUGCAUUAUUUUCUUCAUUCCUCUGAUAAUACUAUUGAUAACUAUUACCCUCAUUUCACAGAGGGCAACAUCUGAAAUUCAGAGAGGUUCAGUAACUAGCCCAACACCACACAGGCCAUCUCUAAGAUUUACAUCUGAAUCUACUACACUCCAGAGACUGUCCUUUAAGUAUCAUUCCAUACCACUUAAGUCUUCUCAAAUAACACUGUUCUCUCCUUCUUCUGUUCAAGCCCCCCCCCACCUGCCCUGCCCUACCUGCAUCAAGGACCUGUCAGUUUGAGAAGCUUCCGAUCACAAGGUCCCCCAAGAGCUUCCUGCCCCAGCAUUGUGAGCUCUCAUCAUGCCAGACUCUGCAACGCCACCUGCACCAGAAUCGGCCAGCCAGUCCUCGUUCUCCAUCCAACACCAGCCCUCCAUGACAGUCCAAAGUCCCUCCCCAGGUCCCACCCCAGGCCCCAUGCCCUCAAAGACCAUCCCCAGCACAGUCCCACCCCUCAUAAAGUCCAAGGCACAUAAUGCCCAUCGCAUGCGUAGGAUCAUUGCCGAGGAUUCGGAGUGGUCACUGGCCAUCGUGCCCCUCCUCACAGAGCUCUGCAUUCAACAUAUUGUGAAGAAUUUCCAGAACAACCCUAUCCUGAAGCAGCUACUCCCAGAGCACCAGCAGAAGGUCCUGAGCCACCUGCCACCUGACCUGCCUCUGAAGGUGACCGCCAACUUGAUCGACGAUGAGAGCUACUGGCACCGCUGCUGCACGAAGCGCUGGCCCGUGUGCCACGUGGCCAGGCACGGCGGCAGUUGGAAGCGCAUGUUCUUCGAGAGACAUCUGGAGAGCCUGCUAAAGCUUUUCAUCCCGGGCACCACCGACCCCCGCGUGAUCCUCGACCUGCUGCCCCUCUGCAGGAACUACGUGCGCCGCAUCAACGUGGAUCAGUUCCUCCCACCUGUGCGGAUGCCGGCCCCUCCCCACGCCGCCGAGGACCAGUCAGACUCCGGUAGCGAGGGAGAGCGGGAAGAGUCCAUUAAGGAUCAUUACCAGCUGCAGGAACUGGUGACCGGCCUGAAGUACUUGGAAGAGCUGGACCUGGUUUACGGCGUCAAAGACUGUGGCAUGAACUUCGAGUGGAACCUCUUCCUCUUCACUUUCCAUGACUGCCUCUCUCUGGCGGCCACCAUCAAGGCAUGCCACACCCUCAAGAUCUUCAGGCUGACCCGAAGCAAGGUGGAUGAUGACAAGGCCCGCAUCCUAAUCCGUAGCCUGCUGGACCACCCAGCCCUGGAGGAGCUGGACCUGUCCCACAACCUCAUUGGAGACCGUGGCGCACGAGCUGCCGCCAAACUGAUGCGCCACAGUCGCCUGCGGGUGCUCAACCUGGCCAACAAUCAAGUGCGGGCACCGGGUGCACAGUCGCUGGGUCAUGCCCUGGCACACAACACCAACCUCGUUUCCCUCAACCUCCACCUCAACUGCAUCGAGAAUGAGGGGGGCCAGGCAAUUGCCUAUGCCUUGCAGACCAACAAGUGCCUCACCACACUGCACCUUGGUGGCAAUGAACUAUCUGAACCCACAGCCACACUGCUCUCCCAGGUGUUUGCUAUCAACACCACGCUCAUCAGCCUCAACCUGUCCUGCAACCACAUCGGGCUGGAUGGUGGGAAGCAGCUUCUGGAAGGCAUGUCAGACAACAAAACCAUUCUGGAGUUUGAUUUGCGCCUGUCAGAUGUGUCUCAGGAGAGUGAGUAUCUCAUUGGCCAGGCUCUGCAUGCCAACCGAGAGGCUGCCCGCCAGCGCACCCUGAAUCCUGGCCACUUCAUGUCACCCAUCACUGCCAACUGUGCUGAGAAUUCUGUGGGAUAAGAUGGG